GCUUUAUUUUUUCUCAUGGAUAUUCUUCUUCGAAUAUAUGUAGAAGGGAAACAGCGCUAUUUUUCUGACUUACUUAACAACUUAAAUGCCAUCAUUACCGGGGUGAUUCUGCUCGUGGACAUCAUUUACUUUUUUCAUGGCUUGAUGUUUAUUAGUGGUAUCCCCAGAUUGCCAGUUUUUUUUCGAUUUCUGCGCCUUGUCAUUGUGAUGAGACUUUUUCAUCUGCCUUAUCAAAAAAGACAUCUUGAAAAGCUGACUAGAAGGCUGGUCUCAGAAAACAAAAGAAGAUACCAGAAGGAUGGAUUUGACCUGGACCUCACUUAUGUUACUGAUCAUAUUAUUGCCAUGUCAUUUCCAUCUUCUGGGAGGUGGUCUCUGUAUAGGAAUCCAAUUAAGGAAGUCGCGCGGCUCCUGGAUACCAAGCAUCCGGACCAUUAUCAAGUCUAUAAUCUGUGCAGUGAAAGAGCUUACGAUCCUAAGUACUUUCAUUAUAGGGUCCGUCGAAUCAAAAUCGAUGAUCACAACGUCCCCACUCUGAAGGAGAUGUUGUUGUUCUCCAAGGAAGUAGAGGAAUGGCUGGCUCAGGAUAAGGAGAAUGUGGUUGCGAUUCACUGUAAGGGAGGCAAAGGAAGAACUGGAACAAUGGUUUGCACCUGCCUCAUUGUCUGCAGAUUGUUCUUAACUGCAAAGGAGAGUAUUUACUAUUUUGGGGAACGACGAACAGAUAAAACCAGCAGCACUAAAUUUCAAGGAAUAGAAACUCCUUCUCAGAACAGAUACGUUGACUAUUUUGAGAAACUGACAACUUUGUACAACAGGACUCUUCCUCCUAGAAAAGUACUCAAGAUAAAAAAAUUCAUUAUUUAUUCAAUUCAUGGUGUUGGUAAAGGCAAUGGGAGUGAUCUCAAGGUGCAGAUCACACUGCAGCAGGAGAUUGUCUUUUCCUGUUCUUCCUCCAACUACAGGGUAUUUCAUGACAUUGAAACAGACAGAGUAAUAAUUAAUAUAUUAAACUGUCCAGCUCUGUAUGAUGAUGUGAAAGUGAAAUUUUUAUCUUCGGAGCUUCCCAAAUACUACGACAAGUGCCCUUUUUUCUUUUGGUUUCACACAUCUUUUAUACAAAAUAACAGGCUUUAUCUACCAAGAAAUGAAAUAGACAAUCCCCAUAAACCAAAAACAUGGAAAAUUUACAGCUCCAGAUUUGCAGUGGAGGUAUAUUUUGCUGAGAGUGAACCAGUUGUGCUAUAGCUGGUAUCUGAUUAAAGAACACCUCCUCUCCUCAGAAUCAUGUCUUUCCCAAUCCCUGCUACAUCCUGUAGGUCUUCUAAAUCUGCCUUUGGUGGCAUAGUUAUAUUUAUACAUAUAUUUGCAUCUGUUUCUGAUAAACCUAUUAAAUAUAUACAGGUAAAAUGUCAAUGGUGAUUCCUUGUGUUGUUCUGUUUUUGAGACAGGCCACCAAUUUCUUUUUUGAAAGAAUACACUGUACUUCUCAUAACAUUUGUGUCUUAUAGUCUGACCAGUUUGGAACACACAGAACACAGAAAUAUUAGGUAUCAUUUUAAAAGUCUGGAAAUAACACACUUCCUAUCAAAACGAUUGAGCUGUUUUAACACUGUAAUGCCUGGCACCUUGCUGUUAGUCGGGCUGCUUAAAAUGCAGAGGUGGAAAGAC